AUGUUGGACAACAUGGCAACUAAUUUCAACUUAAGAAAUUACUAUAAUUUAGUAAUAUAUAAUGAGUUAAGGCAGAUUCCCAAUGUCAAAUAAUUCUAUAUCAAUCUAUUGAUGUCUUCAUAUCUAUCUUUGUAAAAUAUACAACAAUCAUAAUGCAUCAUGAGUUCAUCUAUCCUUGCACUGAUUUAUGCCCAAUACUCUAUCCAUUAGUAAUGUCUAUAUACUCCUAAUUUAAUUACAUUAAACUAUUUGUUAAGAUUAAGUUCUAUACAAUUUGGAGACAGAUAUAAUUCUUUAAUCACAAGUACUUAAUAAAUCACCUAAAACCAUUGUUUAUCAUCUACAAUUCUUGGCAUAAUAUAUAGCGUAAUUUUUUUUAAAUUAUUAGAUCGUGAUAACUUAAAAUCUAAGGUUAUUAAAACAUUUUUAAUUUAUUUGA